AUGGCAAGGCAAGCAAUUUUCUUGGCCAUUCUGGCUUGGGGGCACUGUGGUGCAACAAACUUAAAACGCAUCCAAGCUCAUGUGGCGCCUUCUAAACUUCAUAUUAUUGGCGGAGAUGAAGUAGUACCACAUUCCGUCCCGUACCAAGUUGGUCUAAAAAUCAACGGAAAUGCAUUCUGUGGAGGAGCCCUUAUUUCACCAAAUUAUGUCCUGACAGCAGCUCAUUGUGGUAAAGUGAUUAGAUCAGUCGAUGUGAUUUUGGGCGCUCAUAACAUUUCUAAUCCCUCUGAAGAUACACAAGUUACAAUCGCUGGUAGUAAAAUCACCAAUCACGAAAACUACAAUUCUGGGAAUUAUCGCAACGAUAUUUGUCUGAUUCAGUUAUCACAACCAGCCCCUAUUAAUGACAAUAUCCAAGUAGCUAAACUACCACCGAGUAGUGAUUUGGAUAAAAGUUAUUUUGACGAAACGGUCACAGCGACAGGUUGGGGGUUAAUUAAGGACGUUCCUUUUCCAACCACCAAAGAUAUGUCUGAUGUUCUUAUAAAAGUUGAUGUCAAAGUUUCAAAUAUAACGGAAUGUGGAAUGUACUAUAAUGAUGAUGACGAUACUUAUGUUGUUGAUACGAAUCUCUGUACCUCGGGGUAUAGAAAUAAAGGAACGUGUAAUGGAGAUUCUGGCGGGCCUUUGAGUCUGGAUGGGGUGCUUAUUGGAGUUACUUCUUUUGGGACACUACUGUGUGAAAUGUGUAGUCCUUCAGUGUAUACGAAAGUUGUGAAUUACCUUGACUGGAUUGCUGCAAAUUCUGACGUCAAAACUUUUUAA